CCACUGCGCAUUGGCUAGGGAGGGCUGAGGGGAUGGGCUCCUGCCGCUACCAGAAGCCCAUUGGGCUGAAGGUGUGAGGGAGGAGCGGAGGGCGGUCCUGGCGGUGAGGGGCAGGGUGAUGCUCCCCCUAAACCUCUGGGAGCCGGCCUCAGGCCCCCUGCUAACCCGACCUGUAGGGGCUGCGCAGGCGCGUGCCGAGGGCGGGCAGAAAGCCUACGGACACCGAUGGUUGGGGUCACGCGCGGGAAGCUCACGAAGCAUGCGCACCUGCCCUUGGGCCCCCAAGAGGAACGAGCUCCGGCCGAGGGCGGUGUGGGGCUGGACGGAGCGCGGUCAUGCGUGACGCUGGCGGUUGCCGGGCCCCGCAGGCCAGAAGCUUGGGCCCGCUCAAGGGCAGGUUCUGGGCGGCAGCGGCCGCGAAGGAGCAGAGCUACGAGUACGGCUCCACGAGAUACCUGCUGCUGUGCGGCCUGGGCGGCAUGCUGAGCUGUGGGCUGACUCACACGGCCGUCGUGCCGCUGGACCUGGUCAAGUGCCGCAUGCAGGUGGACCCCGCCAAGUACAAGGGCAUCAUCAGCGGCUUCGGCGUGACGGUGCGCGACGACGGGCUGCGCGGCCUGGCCCGAGGCUGGGCGCCGACCUUCCUGGGCUACUCCCUGCAGGGCCUGUUUAAGUUCGGCCUCUACGAGGUCUUCAAGAUGCGCUACGCCGAGCUCCUGGGCCCGGAGAAGGCGUACCGGUGGAGAACCGGCCUGUACCUGGCCGCGUCGGCCGGCGCCGAGUUCUUGGCCGACGUGGCGCUGGCGCCCAUGGAGGCGGUGAAGGUGCGCAUCCAGACGCAGCCCGGCUUCGCGGGCACGCUGCGUGCCGCCGCGCCGCGCAUGUACCGCGAGGAGGGCCCGCGGGCCUUCUACAAGGGCGUGGCGCCGCUGUGGCUGCGUCAGAUCCCCUACACCAUGAUGAAGUUCGCCUGCUUCGAGCGCACGGUGGAGGCGCUCUACGAGCACGUCGUCCCCAAGCCCCAGAGCCAGUGCACCAAGGCCGAGCAGCUGGCCGUGACCUUCGUGGCCGGCUACAUCGCCGGCGUCUUCUGCGCCGUCGUGUCCCACCCGGCCGAUUCGGUCGUGUCCGUUUUGAACAAGGAGAAGGGCAGCUCUGCCCUGGGAGUUCUCCAGAGACUGGGGUUCGCGGGCGUGUGGAAGGGCCUGUUCGCACGCAUCAUCAUGAUCGGCACCCUGACUGCGCUGCAGUGGUUCAUCUAUGACUCGGUCAAGGUCUAUUUCAAGCUGCCUCGCCCCCCGGUCGCCCAAGCGCCCAAAUCCCCGAAGAAGCAGAAGUAGGCGUGGGUGUGUCAGCCCCUGUGGCCACCGUCCACCCAGAAGGCCAUCCCGUGGGAAGGGGGCGGGGGGGGGGGUUGCGUCCAGGCAGUGCUAGCGUGUAAAAUGUUCGGUUUUCUGGUUUGGGAGAGGUGACGAUAUGUAGUCCGAGUUCUCUUUAAAGGAUUGAUUCAUUCUCUUUCGGCGAUCCAAGAGGAUUGCAGCCGUUUCAUGUAGGGGUCCGGACCCUUGUCUUUGGGGAGUCGGCAUGGCUGCUUUAGCUCGGUAGCUUUUGAGCCACUGUAAGGAGAAAACCCUUAACGGGAAGUCAUGUUAUGUAAUUCAGGGUCUCUAGUUUGUUUCUACCUUGAUCCACCGUUCGGUGGAGAUUUCCUGAAUAGCCUACUAAUGAGGUUUUAAGGUCAGCACAACUGUAUGGGACAGGGAACAAAGUAAAAUUCUACUAAAAGGCAUUCACCUCAGUAGAAGUCGUGUACCUAUUGAAUAGAUGACGGACUCAUACCAUGUUUCUUGUUCAUGUCCAUUACAGGUAAAAAUUAUUAAAAGUCAAAUUGUGACUUAUAUUGCCUGAUACCUUAGAAUGUAUUCUCUGUUUUCAAAGAGACAUGACAUGAGAAGAUCUGCAUUUUCUCAUUUUGCUUUGUCCAAUUCUCUUCCUGAUGUUGCUGAUUAGAACAUAGCUCUCUCCAGGAAGUGCUACAAUUGGAUCAAUGUGGAAAGCCAAAAUGAGAUGAAGGGCAGGCUCUGAGAAUAAAUAUGUAAAGAAAAGCCUCUGUUCUCUAAAAAUUUCUUUUGUACAACUCAGCUUUCAACAGCCCCACAUCCAAAGAGGAUCAUACCACCCUGACAUUUAAAAACACACACAUGAAACCCUGCAAUUCCAAUUUUUUGUUGAAUAUUAAAGAAUGGUUUUGGUGACUUUGGAAGGAAGAUCUCACUUUUAAUGUCACAAAUGCCAUUCAUUUAGUUUGGUACAUGUUUCCAUGAUCUUUACAAUGGUUGAGCUUCAUAAAAUUUACUGAAGUUAUAAGGCACAUUUUCAGUUUUCUGUGGCCUUCACAUCUCUGCCUGAGGAAAUUAUAAAAUUAGUGAAAUUCUGUGAAUUAGAGAUGUUUGUGGAAUAUGAGCAAGAAAUAAACUUCAAUGUGAUAUUUGCUAUAAUUUGCCUGAAUGUUACACGGUUGCCUUAACUUGUAUUAAAGACUGCAAACUUAAAAGAUGUUGAUGUUUUAACUAUGUAAUAGUAAACUGUUCAGUAUAAACUGAAGUUUACACAGUGUAACAGAAGCUUAAAAGUGUCUAAAUUUAAGUAAGUAUAUUUGAACUGUCUUGACUGAAUAAUAAAGAACUUGGAGGAAAAAAUCAGAA